AGUAUCCACUUUCCCAAACAAUUUCAGGUAGAAAGAGAGAGAUGGCAAAGCCAGCUUUAACGGCAACGGUGGUGGUGGUGGUGGCUGCUCUUGCUCUGGUGGCCACGGCCGCGACGCUCGCCCCUGCCGAGGCAGAUGACCCCGAGAAGGUGGACAAGUGGUUCACUACUCUUAGCCACGCCGAGCGCAAGACCACGCGCCUCCACUUCUACUUCCACGACACGCUCUCAGGGAAGAGCCCCACGGCGGUGCGCAUCGCCGAGGCCCCGAUGACCGAGAAGUCCCCAACGCUGUUUGGGUUGGUCAACAUGAUCGACGACCCACUGACCAAGGGGCCCGAGCCAGAGUCGCCCCUCGUGGGCCGAGCUCAGGGGUUCUACGCCUCGGCCGGGCUCGAGUCGCUUGGCCUGCACAUGAACAUAAACCUCGUAUUCACGAGCCCGGAGUACAACGGCAGCACUCUGAGCAUAAUGGGCCGCAACCCGGCGUUCGAGACCUAUCGGGAGAUGCCCAUCGUCGGCGGGACCGGCGUUUUCCGGCUGGCAAGCGGGAUCGCGACGGCGAAGACGUACUUUUUCAACCUCACCACCGGCGAUGCGGUAGUUGAAUAUAAGGUCGUAGCUAUGCAUUACUAGACACUAAGUUGAUAUAUCGUUGCUUAUGUUGUAGUCCACUUUUUUCUUGUUUUUGGCCUUUGAUUUUGUGUGGUCCAAAGGUUAUGUACGGGGUAAUUACAUCGUUGUAGUCAUGUGUGGAUGUACUGUCGUUUCCAAUUUGGUAAUGCUCUACGUGCUUUGUGAUUUUUCAUUGA